AUGGCUGUCGACCUUAUAAACCCUCUUGCGUCUCUCUCAGAUCCGACCCUUUUUAUCGAAGAUGCGUUCGUCGGUGGACACUGGAUUAAAGCUAAGACAACGUUCGAAGUCUUAGGUGAGUCUCCUCUUACCUCAGUAGAGCCCGUAAACGGAAGUAAAAUCAGCAAUGUUGCAAAUCUGGAGCGUGCCCGUGGUAAUUUGCUACGGAAAUGGUAUGAAUUGGUCGAGAAGAACGUUCGUGACCUUGCAAUAAUCCUGUGCCUCGAAAACGGAAAAACUUAUGCGGAGGCCGAGGGAGAGGUAAAAUACGCGGCGUCUUUCAUCAAGUGGUUUGCCGAGGAGGCUCCACGAGCCUAUGGCGAUACUAUCCCAUCUUCUCAGGCAAAUACCACUAUCAUGACUUUUAGACAGCCGAUAGGCGUCUGCGGCAUUAUCACACCGUGGAAUUUUCCUGCAGCUAUGAUCACGCGCAAGGUCGCCCCGGCCCUCGCAGCGGGUUGCUCCGUCGUUAUAAAGCCCCCCAGCGAGACUCCACAUUCGUGCCUAGCCCUUACUAAACUUGCGGUCGAAGCUGGCAUCCCUCCUGCUUGUAUCAAUGUCUGCACGACAAAAGAUCGGGCUGCGGCGACUGAGCUAGCGAUGAAUUCACUAGUCAACAAACUGAGCUUCACCGAGUCGACCGGUGUAGGGAAGAAACUAGCCGGCCUUGCCUCUACUACAUUGAAGAAGACGAGCCUUGAGCUCGGCGGAAAUGCGGCCCUGAUUGUAUUUGACGAUGCGGAUCUCGAUAUCGCCGUUGCUGGAACCAUGGUUUCAAAGUUCCGGUGCACGGGUCAAACCUGCGUGUGUGCGAACCGAAUAUUUGUCCAGCGAGGCGUCAGCGAGAAGUUUACCGCAAGGCUCGUGGAGAAGGUCAAUCUUCUAAACAUGGGAUCGGGAUUUGAUGGGCAGACAACCCAAGGGCCCUUAGUCAAUAAAGCUGCGGUUGAAAAAGUCGACCAACACGUCAAGGAUGCUCUCUCUAAGGGCGGGAAACUCAGGACUGGUGGCUCUUCGGGCCCUGGAUCUGGCUAUUUCUAUAAGCCGACCGUCAUAUCAGGAGCGAGCACCAGCAUGCUUGUCGCGAAUGAAGAGACAUUUGGUCCCCUGGCCCUGAUCUGGGAAUUUGACACGGAAGAGGAGGCGAUACAGCUGGCCAAUUCAACCGAGUUUGGUCUUGCCAAUUACAUGUUCAGCAGCGAUAUAGGUCGGAUCAUGCGCGUCUCUCAACAGCUACAGAGUGGCAUGGUCGGCGUCAACACGGGCUUGAUCAGUGCUGCCGAAACACCUUUCGGAGGUGUUAAGGAGAGCGGCUAUGGGAAAGAAGGUAGCAAGUAUGGUUUAGAAGAGUACCAGGUUCUCAAAUCCGUGACGAUUGGUAAUCUCCAGGCUUGA